GCUAAUACACAACCAUGGGAGACUGGAGCUUCUUGGGUAAUAUUUUAGAGGAAGUAAAUGAACACUCCACUGUGAUUGGCCGUGUGUGGCUCACGGUGCUUUUCAUUUUCCGCAUAUUGAUUUUGGGCACAGCAGCCGAGUUUGUCUGGGGAGAUGAGCAAUCGGAUUAUGUGUGUAACACACAGCAGCCCGGGUGUGAGAAUGUGUGUUACGAUGAGGCCUUUCCAAUCUCUCACAUUCGUCUCUGGGUAUUACAGAUAAUUUUCGUAUCCACGCCUUCGCUUGUAUACGUUGGCCACGCUGUCCAUUACAUUCACAUGGAAGAGAAACGCAAGGAACGUGAAGAAGCUGAGAUUUUUCACCAACAGGAACUGGGUGAGGAGCGUCUCCCUCUACCAAACGAUCAAGGAAGCGUUCGCACUGCCAAAGAGACCAAUAUGAAGAGUAGCAAGAAGUUCAGACUUGAAGGCACCCUGCUUUUCACAUACAUUUGUCAUAUUAUCUUUAAAGCUCUGUUCGAGGUUGGCUUCGUGGUCGGACAGUACUUUCUGUAUGGGUUUCGUAUCCUGCCCCUGUACAAGUGCAGUCGCUGGCCGUGUCCCAACACGGUGGACUGUUACGUCUCCCGGCCAACCGAAAAGACCAUCUUUAUCAUCUUCAUGCUCGCUGUAGCUUGCGUCUCACUGUUCCUUAACUUUGUGGAGAUCAGUCACCUUGGCUUGAAGAAGAUUCGCUUUUCAUUCCGUCGGUCAUCAUCUUCAAUGCAGCUGGAGCAUCUUGAGCGACCUGACAGGAGUCCACCAUUUCUCCUAACUCCCCCGGUCAAAAAAGCCAAAGGGUAUAGACGUCUUGAAGAAGAGAUAAGGGAUGAGGUUGCACACAUAUAUCCACUAGCUGAGGUUGGUAUGGAAGAGGGUCAACUCUUCUUACCUCAAACGGAUAAAGAACAAAAAAGCAGUCAGGAGGCAGUAGUGCCAACAGCGCCCCCUGUAGAGAAGACAAUGAUUUGUGAUGAGACUCAGCAAUCCCUCAUUCAGCUGACAGAGGUGGUCCCAGAGCUACCAUGUGAGAAACCUGAGGAGCCUUGUCGUCAGGGAGAUGAGGUAGACAGCUUAAAGGCUUUGACUGCGUUACAUGAAGUAUUCGAGGAACGAUCAGAGAGGGAAAGUGUGGAGGAAACAUAUUUGAUAUCACUUGAGGAGAAAUCAGCAAGGGAGAGUAGCUUAGUUGAGGGUGAGCCAACAAACUUUUCAGAAGCCAAAGAGGAGCAAACUUUACAGACAACUGAGGAAGUUGAAGAGGACACCUUUAUAGAGAGGGGUUUACCUGACGUGGUGGAAGAGCCAGAACUUGAGACGUGUGAUAAAGACGUAGAGCUUUGUGAGAUUGAUCCUUUUAUAAACAAGUAUACUUUACAGGAGAUGAAAUCUUUAGAAAAUGGAAAUGUUAGUGUGGAUCUGGAGGCGUCCAACAUAUCUGAGAGUGCAGAAGAUCAACAGGCUUUAGAGGAGGCUGUAGUGUCAAAAGAAUUGGAAAAUGUAUGUGACAUGGAAUUAAGUGGGAAUAUGGAUGAAUCACAUUGCGAUGUAGAAGAUAAUGAAGGAGAUGGAGUAGACACAGAAGUGGGUGGGGCUGUAGAUGAUGUAGUGGGUACAGGUAAAGAUGAAGCUUUAAAAAUAUUGGUGAAUACAGAUGAGGAUAGAGCUGUUGAGACUGCAGUCAAUACGGGUACAAAGGAUGUAAACUCAGAACAGGUGGAACCACUGGGAAAAGAGGGUGUGUUAUUGGACAUGGGGGAUCCAGAGGAGGUCAAGGGCUCUGGGGCUUGUGAUGGAUCAUGUAAAGAAGAUUUAGUUGGAAGUGGAGGCUUUGGGAACGAGAGUUUACAGGAAUCAAAAGCUUUGGAGGCCUUUGAUGAGAUGAUGGAUGUUUCUUUUGUAGCUCUUGAACUAGAAACAGCAGAGAGGCUUGAGGAAACCAGAUCUUUAAGUCGCCUUAGCAAAGGGAGCAUUAGAGCCAGAUCAGAUGAUCUUACAAUAUAAAUGACCAAUAAAUAAAAAACAACUUAACCAAAGAACAUACAGAAGACCCUCUUUGAUUUCACAAUUCCCAAAUACAUUAUAAUAAGAAACAGAUAUUUUACACAAAAAGUAAAAAUAAGAUGAAAUAAAAUAAUAAAUGUUUCAUUUAAACAUGGUGAAACUAUAAACAUCAGCUGGUUUCUUAAUGAUAGCUCUUUUUUAGGACAAUGGCCUUAAAUAUGAUUCAUACAAAUUUUAAAUAUAUGUAUUAAAACAAAAAAUAUCCUCCCUGUUUAGUUUGAUUUAACAGAGAUAUUAUACAGGGCUGUCACAGAAAACGUCUUCCCUGAGAAGGGAACGAGACGCUGCGUCUCCCUUGCCAUACUUCCUACGUACCUGUUAAGCCGUCUUCUGCAAUAUUUCAGAUAGCGAGGUCUUUUUUUAGGUCAUCUUGUUUACUUCCUGGCUCCCACGUCACCCCUCCGGUGAUG